AGUUCACGUUUCCUCACUGCAGCGAAUACACUAUUGACAACAUUUCAGAUUAUGUAAAUUUAUAAUUAGAAUUUUAUCAUAAUUACUGUAUAUUUUUAACAAAUUAAAAUGACCGCGGCCGAUAACUCGCUUGAUGCAAUUUUAUUACAAAUUGGCGAUUUUGGAAAAUAUCAGAUUUUCAUAUUUAGUGUUGUGUGUCUUGCUGUGACUUUUCACUCUGCGGUGCAUGUGGCAUACGUUUUUACUGCUAUGGAUUUGAACUAUCGGUGUGCUAUACCAGGAUGUGAUACUAUAAAUCCCCAAUUUGAACCUACAUGGUUACCAAACGCUAUUCCGUUUUCCGAAAAUGAGCCGUCAAAAUGUUCGAGAUACGUAGUUAAUAAUGCCACUCAGUUUACUAACUGUAGUAAAGCAACAGAUUUUACUUCUAAAACUGAAACCUGCAAUUCCUUUGUAUACAAAACUGAUGAAUAUAGUAUUUUAAGAGAGUACGAUCUUCAGUGUGACGAUAACUUAUGGAAACUGACACUAGUCGGAACCAUUAACAACGUUGGCCAAUUUUUUGGUUUGUUUAUUUCAGGAAUUAUAUCAGACAGAUUUGGACGAAAAGUGGUUCUCAUUUUUGGCUUAGUUUUCUGUGGAUUGUGCGGAAUCAUUCGAAGUUUUGCUCCUUCUUACGAAUGGUUUUUAGUUUUUGAAUUUUUGGACGCCGCUUUCGCUGCUGGAAGUUAUGUCUGUGGAUUUAUUAUGGGAGUUGAACUAGUUGGCCCGAAAAGAAGAGUACUUACUGGCACUUUAUCAAGUUCUUGCUAUGCGGUUGGUGAGGUGUUUGCAGCGGGAGCUGCAUGGUUAGUCCAAUCUUGGAAACCAACUAUUUACAUUUUAUAUACACCACCCAUUCUACUUCUCGGUUGUUUCUGGAUACUCCCAGAGUCAGUCCGAUGGAAUUUAAGCAAAGGUAGAUUUGAAGAAGCCAAAAAAACACUUAAACGUAUUGCUGAAGUCAAUGGAAAGACGAUAUCAGACAGUACCUUUGAUAAACUUGCUCUAGCUGAUGAAAGUGAACCGACCGACACAUACAUAGAUGUACUUAAAUCCAGAACGUUGUUCUUGAGAUUAAUAAACUGUUGCUUUUGUUGGAUAACUUGUGCGUUCCUUUUUUAUGGUUUGACGUUAAAUUCAGUAGCACUAGCUGGCAACAGUUACCUAGACUUCGUUCUAACAGCUCUUGUAGAAAUUCCAGCUUAUUGCAUCUGUACCUGGAUUAUCGACAAAUUUGGAAGAAAAUUGUCUUUGAGUGGUUCAUUUUUCCUUACGGCUUUAGCCUGCCUGGCAUUUUUGAUCAUUCCAGAUGAUUCUGAAGGUGGUCGUCUUGCUGUGUAUCUCGUAGGAAAAUUUGGAGCUACAGUGGCUUUUACAGUAACUUACGUUCUAACGAGUGAACUUUUCCCCACGCGUUUGCGCCAUUCAAUGAUGGGAACAUGUUCCACUUUUGGAAGAAUAGGAUCUAUGGUGGCACCACAAACUCCUUUACUGGCUCAAGUUUGGGACCCUUUGCCUGUUGUCAUGUUUACGUCUAUGGGUACGAUAGCGGGACUGUUGACAAUUCUAUUUCCUGAAACUCUAGGGAUCAAGCUUCCCGAUUCAAUAGAAGAAGCCGAAAAUGUAGGAAAACAUAGAGAUAAAGGAGAGAGUUAGCAUCUGUGAUAGUAUAUAAACACACUACUUUGUAAAUAUUCUAUUGUACAUAUUAUAAACAGUAUUUAUAUUUUUAAUAAAUAAGUUUAUGUCUA